GAGAGCUGGAAUCACAUGGACUUGUCUUUCUCUUGCUGGGACCUCCAUUGAAAUUUUCUUCUCUCCCUUCUCUCUUAUCAUUCUCUCCUUCAUCUUCUCCUCAUCUUCUUCUUCUCCCAUUCUUAGAUUAGAUUCCUCUUCUUUCUUCUCUCUCCCCUCUGCCAUGGCUGAGGAUAAGGAGAUGUCUAACUCUGUCAUCAAUGGCAAUGAUUCUCUCACUGGUCACAUCAUAUCUACAACUAUUGGAGGCAAAAAUGGGGAACCUAAACAGACUAUUAGUUACAUGGCAGAACGGGUUGUAGGAACUGGGUCGUUUGGAAUUGUUUUCCAGGCAAAAUGCUUGGAAACUGGGGAAGCAGUGGCAAUUAAAAAGGUUUUACAAGACAGGCGAUACAAGAAUCGUGAACUGCAGUUAAUGCGUGUGAUGGAUCACCCAAAUGUGAUCACUCUGAAGCAUUGUUUCUUUUCCACUACAAGUACAGAUGAACUUUUUCUUAAUUUGGUAAUGGAAUAUGUUCCAGAGUCCAUGUAUAGAGUCUUGAAACACUAUAGCAAUGCUAAUCAGAGAAUGCCCAUCAUCUAUGUCAAACUUUACAUGUAUCAGAUUUUCAGGGGGUUGGCCUAUAUCCACACUGUUCCCAAAGUCUGUCACAGAGAUUUGAAGCCUCAAAAUAUACUGGUGGAUCCUCUUACACACCAAGUGAAGCUAUGCGAUUUUGGAAGUGCAAAAGUUCUAGUCCAAGGUGAAGCUAAUAUAUCAUACAUAUGUUCGCGAUUCUAUCGAGCACCAGAACUUAUAUUUGGUGCCACUGAGUAUACAAGUUCAAUUGAUAUUUGGUCAGCUGGCUGUGUCCUUGCUGAACUUCUUUUGGGCCAGCCAUUAUUCCCAGGUGAAAAUGCUGUAGACCAGCUCGUACAUAUUAUAAAGGUGCUUGGUACACCCACUCGAGAGGAAGUGCGCUGUAUGAAUCCCAAUUACAAUGACUUUAGGUUUCCACAGAUAAAAGCACAUCCAUGGCACAAGAUAUUCCACAAAAAGAUGCCUCCAGAAGCCAUUGAUCUUGCAUCUCGGCUAUUGCAAUACUCCCCAAGUCUUAGGUGCACUGCGCUUGAAGCAUGUGCUCAUCCUUUCUUUGAUGAACUCCGAGAACCCAAUGCUCGCCUGCCAAAUGGUCGUCCAUUCCCCCCUCUAUUUAACUUCAAACAGGAAUUAACCGGAGCAUCUCCUGAGCUUGUUAAUAAGCUGAUACCUGACCAUGUGAAGAGGCAAAUAGGGCUGCAAUUUGUUCAUCUUGGAGGAUCGUGAUGAUAAGCUUAGGGGUGAUAGUGGGAUACCAUUAUUUUUGUCUAAAUACCAUGUUCUGUGGCCUGGCCAAUGUAGUUUCAAGCUGAAUCGGGACUGAGAUUUGGGAAGCUGGAUGGCUGCAGUUGAUCCGUCAGUAUAUGUAUUACCUUUUGAUUCUCUAUUGCUACCGGUGGAUCUUUAUUUCCCCAGGAAAAUAUAGCCUUGUUUAUUGUCGAAGUCUACAUGUCAUAUAGUAGGAGUAUACUUGACCUGAAAUGGUCAUAUCAGAACUUAGAAUGCUUGAACUGUACGGGGAAAACUAAAAAGCCUUGGCUGGAAAGAGGGGAGAAGGGUCCCAGAAGAGUUUUGAUGGUGGGGUUGUUGGUUGAGUUUGCUUUGGUUUCCUCAUGUUAAUAUGUGCCUCAUUUUGCAAUGCUGCACACCCAGUUCCUUUCCUUGUGAAAUGUAAUGUGCUAUCUAUCUGUUUCUUCAAUGCUGUUUUCUAAUGUUCCAAAUUUCAUAUUUAUUUCAUGAAUUUGAUUUCCUGAAACUUUUAGCUC